AUGGCGGCAGGCAAGAUCAAGGUUAGUCGGCAGUCAGUCGAGUUGCCUGGAUGUUUACUGGCAUCACUGUUUCAUGAAUUGGCUAAUAGCGAUGGAGAUACGGAAGGAUUCCUUGUAGGGAACAAGAAGGAUCAUUUGCUAGUCAGUAGUUUGAACGAUAACAGUGAUACCCAAGUAGAUGAAUAUCAAAAUGUUACACACAUUACGUCAUUUAUUCCAUGUCAAACUCAGAAAUGUUUCUAUGAUGGUUCUGGUACAGCUGAGUGUAGUAUAAUAGAUAAAAUACUCGCUGGUCACUGCUCAAAGAAGGCAAUUGUUGGUUGGUAUCGAUUUCGUCGCAAUACUUCACUGCAGAUAAGUAUGAGGGAAAAACAAGUUCAUCGUAAUCUCUUAAAAGUAUUCAAUGAGCACAAUACUACCGAUUUUGCUUUUGCUUUAUUUACCCAUCGUUCAAGUGAUGGACACUCUACACAUUCCAUUGAUUACGCCUUUUAUGCCGCUCAGAAUACGAAUCUAAAGCCCAACUUUUUUGAUGUUAACGGAAGCUUAAGCCAAGUGGCAAUGGUUGACGCGAUGCUUGAUAGUAUGUUGGAGAAUUUUAAGAGCUUAGGAGAUAGCGUGACCCAAUCAGAAAGCCAAAUUAGUCAACUUAUUAAAGAAAUUGAAGCUCUAGAGGAAAAGACUGGUGACGAACCUAGCCAUAAUUUCAUAGAGAUGUACGAUGUAAACCAAAGCCUGGAUGAUUCUAGCACUCAGGAACAAUGCGAUAAUGACGAAGAAGAUAGUGCCGUUUAG